GGCUCCUCCCCCCCCUGCUGGGACCAACAAACAAACCACUGGCUGCUCCCCCCCAUCCUGUCCAUCUGCUGCUGCAGGCGAGGUGAGAGGCACCAGGCUGCUGAGCGCCUCGGACACAUGAUCCAGUUAAUGUGUUAUCUGCACAAAUAUUUGGAGAGCGGAGGAAGCGUGCGGGGGAGAACACAGAGUGUCCUGCAUGACAGACCAGCCCCGUACAGACACCACCAUGAUCGGACUCUCUGCCCUCUGCGCCAUCACGCUCGUGGCUGCAGCUGUCCGCAGUCCUCUCAAUGACUACCAGCGGUCCAAGGCAGCCGAGCUGGUCCACCUGCAGGAGGGAACCUAUCGGGAGGAGAGAAAGCAGGAGGUCCAUCUGUGUGCCAAGAUGUGCUCUGAGCUCCUGGACUGCAGGUCUUUUGAUUACAACUUGAUGACGCACAGCUGCCGCCUGCUGCCGUGGACCCAGAACUCCGCCAAUGUGGCUCUACAGAAGAACAUCAACUAUGAUGUGUAUCAGAAGAAAGUCUUGUUAUUAUACUGUGCCCUGGACAUAAUCCCCCCCCCACACACACACACUGACCGUCCUGUUAUUAUAUUGUGCCCUGUACAUAAUCCCCCCCCACACACACACACACUGACAGUUAUUACGCUCCCAUUGUACUGUACUCUUGACAUGAUUUCUCUUCCCUUCUCCAUACGGCACUUCUGUGAAGCAGAGAAGCAGCGAUUACAGAAUGUACCUAUAAUGAGUAACUGUUUCAUGGGGCGUGGAGAGGGCUACCGCGGAAAGGCCUCUAUGACAACCUCAGGGAUUCCCUGCCAGCGAUGGGACUCGCAGACUCCGCACAAACACCGGUUCCUGCCUGAGAAAUACCCCUGCAAAGGACUGGAAGAGAAUUAUUGCAGAAAUCCAGAUGGAUCAGAAGCCCCCUGGUGUUUCACCACCAACCCUAACAUGAGAGUGGCCUACUGCUUCCAGAUCAAACGCUGCCCGGACGAUGUUCCAGAUGCCACAGGUUGUUUCACAGGAAAUGGGGAGACCUAUGACGGGCGUGCGAACAAGACGAGGAAGGGGAUCCCGUGUAGUUACUGGAGUGAGAAAUCCAAAGACCCUCACAGACUGCAGGAGAACUACUGCCGCAACCCAGACGGGGACAGCCACGGCCCCUGGUGCUACACAAAGGACCCCAACACUCCAUUUGACUACUGCGCUAUCAAACUGUGCGAUGGGGAGACUCCACCUGGGCUAAAGGAAGCGGAAAGUAUUAAGUUUGAUUCAUGCGGUAAAAGAUAUGAGAAACCUGUGGUGAAGGCGAGAAUAGUGGGCGGUUCGCCUGGAAACUCGCCCUGGACCAUCAGCUUGCGUAACCGACAGGGCGACCAUUUCUGCGGGGGAUCCCUGGUAAAGGAGGAUUGGGUUAUCAGCACACGACAAUGCUUCUCUUCCUGUGACGCUGACCUCUCCGGAUAUCAGGCUAUGGUGGGUACACUCUUCACUAACCCUAAAGCUACUGAUCCUGAUAAACAGUCUGUGGCCAUCAGCCAGAUCAUGUGUGGUCCAUCGGACUCCAGCCUGGUGAUGCUGAAGCUAGAAAGGCCGGUGACCCUGAACAGCAGAGUGGCGCUGAUAUGUCUGCCUCCUGAGAGAUACAUCGUGCCUGAUGACACCCAGUGUGAGAUCGCCGGCUGGGGGGACACACAAGGUACCGGGCAUGAAAACGUCCUGAAGAUCGCUAAGUUCCGAGUGAUGAAUCACGAGGACUGUAACGUCGCCCAUAAAAACCGGGUGCGCGACAGCGAGAUCUGCACCAAGCCCACGGCUGUGGAUGUAGGGGCGUGUGAGGGGGAUUACGGCGGCCCGCUCGCCUGCCUGACUCAUGACUGCUACGUAUUGGAGGGCGUUAUUAUACCAGCGCGUGGCUGCGGCAAGAAGAAUGUGCCAGCCAUAUUCACCCGGGUAUCUGUCUACGUGGACUGGAUCUACAAGGUCAUGAGGAUGAUCUGAUGGAACCGGUGCAAUGUGCUUCACCAGCCAUGUAAUUACUGUGAAUAAAGAUGGAUUCCGCCGGGGUGGGGGGUGAGUGCGGCUGGCCUGUGGCGGGAAUCCAUACGGGGGUCUUGUAAAUAAUCUCAUAGUGAUCAUUAAGCAGCAGGUUUUUACUUUUUACCCCUCAUACAAAGCAUCCGUUCAGUUAUCUGCUCUUUCCCCAGCAGUCCAGGUGCUCAGGAUUCCCUCGCUUAGGUGAAUCUGUGUCGGUAAUUCCCGCAGUCUGGGCUGUGCGGUCGGCAUAUAUACGAAUCCCACUGAGUAAUGACCUCCCUGGACGCUUCAUGUAAUGACCCAUCAGGAUAUACGCCGAAAACCCCCAAAACAAAUGGUUACAACCUGUGUGUUUUAGAAGAAGCUCCGGAUCCUGAGAACGGAACGGAUGAGACGUGGGCUGCCGCCGUGACUGUUACAGAGGGGCCACGUGGCGCUGACACGCUACUAAGACGUGUUGUAGAAAUGUAAAUAAGCGUUCCAGUCCCGUGUAAAACGCACUCGUCACUCUGACUUAUUUACUGCUGUUUUCUAAUAAAGAUUUUUUUAAAGAAAAAAAAA